AUGCAGGCUCUCCCCAGGACGGCGUUGCGCCCCGCCGCGCUUCGCCAGGUCGCCCGUCGUGCCUACAGCUCCUCGUCCCCCUACGCCAAGACUGUCGAUAACCUGCGCAUCAAUGGUGACACCAAGGUCAUCUACCAGGGCUUCACCGGGAAGCAGGGAACCUUCCAUGCCCGGCAAGCUAUUGAAUACGGAACCAAGGUUGUUGGCGGCACGAACCCGAAGAAGGCUGGCCAAACGCAUCUCGACCUUCCCGUCUUCAAAAAUGUCUCUGACGCUGUCAAGGAGACGGGUGCCACUGCUACGGCCAUUUUUGUCCCCCCGCCUCUCGCCGCUGCCGGUAUCGAAGAGGCUCUCCAAGCUGAGAUUCCCCUCGUCGUCUGCAUUACCGAAGGCAUCCCGCAACAUGACAUGGUCCGCAUCACGUCCAUGCUCAAGUCCCAGUCCAAGACUCGCUUGGUCGGCCCCAACUGUCCCGGCAUCAUCGCGCCUGGCCAGUGCAAGAUUGGCAUCAUGCCUGGCUUCAUCCACAAGCGCGGUCGCAUCGGCAUCGUCUCCCGGUCCGGCACCCUCACCUACGAGGCCGUCAAUCAGACCACGCAAGCCGGCCUUGGCCAGUCUCUGGUUGUCGGCAUCGGCGGCGACCCCUUUAGCGGAACCAACUUCAUCGACUGCCUCAAGGUCUUUACCGAGGAUGAGGAGACGGACGGCAUCAUCAUGAUUGGCGAAAUCGGAGGGUCCGCCGAGGAGGACGCUGCCGAGUUCCUCAAGGAGGCCAACACGGUCGGUGGCGGCAAGCCCGUCGUUUCCUUCAUUGCCGGUAUAUCCGCUCCUCCCGGCCGCCGCAUGGGCCACGCCGGCGCCAUUGUCUCUGGCGGCAAGGGCGGGGCCGACUCCAAGAUCAAGGCUCUCGAGAGCGCGGGUGUCGUUGUUGAGCGCUCUCCUGCUGGCCUCGGCAAGGCUCUGUACGAAGAGUUUGUCCGACGGGAUCUUUUGUAA